UUUAGCAGUGUUUGGGUGCCUCUUUCCAUGUCAUAUGGAUCAUCGUAGUGGUCAUUUAUAGACCAUGCAUAUAUACUUUAAAAUACAUUAUUUUAUAAAUGGUUUCCUUUAGCAGUUGUAUGGUAUAUGAUCGGUUCACUUUCUUUGCGUGGAUGCCUUUAAAGAAAAACAAGGUAGAGGGUGUUUCUUCUUUUAAAAGUUUUUUAUGAAGCUUUUUAUCGUGUAAAGUUAUUUCAUCGUUACAUUCUUUGAUUCUCCUUCCCUUACAAGUACUGCAAAAACUCCUCCAAUCAUAAUUAACGUUAUUAUUAUGUUCUUCUGAUCAGUGAGAAACAUCGAUCAUGAUUUCAAAAUUUGCUUAAAUUAACCAUUUUAAUUAUUAAAAGGUAUUUUUUGUUUUUGCUUAAAAUCACAGAGAACAAUGUAGAGUAUUUCAAAGAUCUAACCAUUUUUAAAAAUAAUUAAUUAAAGAACAUUAAAUCUAGCUUUCAAUUCGAUUAUUACUAGAUUAACUAGUUAAUAAAGAACAUGUCUAGAUUUUACACAUUUAUUGAUUAAAAAAACGUACACAGUGACUUGUGAUUACGUAGAUAUAUAAUCAACAGUUCUUUUACUAAAGCAUGUUAUUACAUCAAUAAUUACUUUCGAAAUAAAGACGAAUAUGAUCAUUUCACAAACUAUCUCUUUAAUCCCAUCAAUGGCUUCAUCUACAAAUAACCAAUUCAUAUUAGUGCUAUUCUCAUUCUUACUUGUCCUCAAAACAUCAUCAUCUUUCGGAAACCACUCGUCCACCGAUGGGAUUUUACCAUUCGCACCUAAACAUGUCGUAGUUGUUAACAAACUGACCUCACAAGCAAAGUUGAUCGCGCAUUGCACGAAUAAAGAGAAAGAUCUGGGGGUAAAAGAGCUGUUACCUGGAUCUAGCUUUGAUUUUAGGUUUCGUGUCAAUCUCCGUAAAACGACGAGAUACACUUGCACUUUCGAGUGGCCCGGAAAUAAGGUAACAUUUGAUAUUUUCAGGGUAGAUAGAGAUGAUACUCCAAAAAGUGAAUUUGGAGUUUGUAGAGAAUGUAUUUGGUACAUUUAUGAACCAGCCCCUUGUCGUCUUGACCGCGAUGCAGGCAUUCCUUAUUGCUUUGAUUGGAAUUCUUAGGCCAUUCAUAUUAAGGAUUCUCAAGAAGAAUCUUUUAUUAGAAAUAAUAAUAUUUUAAUAAAAAGGUUUUCAAA